AUGUCUUUCCAACGCCUCGUGAGAUUCGAAAAAGACGGAGCCCCUCACUAUGGGGAUCUGCUCUCCCAGAAUGAUGAGGGGUACACCGUCCAGCGACUGGAAGGAAACAUUCAGAAUGGCUUCACCAGAACAACAGAAGAACCUGUUGUAGUUUCUAAGCUCCUCUGUCCCAUUGAAUCCACGCCGAUAGUUAUCUGUGUCGGACUGAACUAUCAGAAGCAUGCAAAUGAAGCCAGCCUUAAAAUCCCUCCCUACCCCAUCAUCUUCACCAAACCUGCCACCUCCAUCACUGGUCCCACCGACCUCAUCCACGUCCACCCUAAAGCCCAACCCAUGCUCGACUACGAAGGCGAACUGACCUUCGUCACCUCCCGCGAUAUCAAGAACCUCCCCGAGGACUUCGACCUCGCCGACUGCGUCUUGGGUUACACAGCCGGCAACGACGUCUCCGCGCGCAACUUCCAACUCCCCGACGUCAGCGGCGGACAGUACUGUUUCGCCAAGUCCUUCGAUACCUUUGCGCCCAUUGGACCUGCACUGGUUAGUCCUAGUGUGAUUCCGGAUCCCCAGAAGCUCAAGUACGUGACGCGGGUGAAUGGGGAGGUGCUCCAGGAUACUGGCACGGAUGAUAUGAUCUGGACUGUGAAGCAGAUUCUGCAGCAUAUUAGCAUUGGAACGACGGUUAAGGCGGGGACGGUGGUGAUGACAGGGACGCCCAGUGGAGUGGGACUUUUCCGACAGAAGUUUUUGAAGGAUGGAGAUGCCGUGGAGGUGGAUGUUGAGGGGUUGGGAUCAUUGAAGAAUGUGGUGAAGUUUGAGUAA